AUGUACAUACCGAAUCUGCCCGUCGCGCCUGACUCCUAUCUGCCGAGUCUGCUGAGUUACCUCGUCCGAGAAGGCGAAACCCAAUUUGGAGACGAUGCGCAGCGACAGCGGUGGUCGUCGUUGAUUGGAAUCGUCACGGCUAUUGUCGGGAACCUCCUAAUAUCGUUUGCUCUCAACACUCAGCGAUAUGCACAUAUCCUGAUAGCCCGUCAACGCAGUCGAGCAAAACGCCGAUAUGCAAACGGCGGGGGCCCUCCACGGAAUCACACUGGCUACGGGUCCGCAACGCACGGAGACACGGCCGCAGGCCGGGAAAGAAAGAACCUCAGCAGAAGUCAAAGCAAUGCGGACGGGGCCGACCAUAUCACUGGCCCCUCGACAGAAGGGUCUCUGCAAAUUCCCUCGGACGCGCAAAAUCACAAUCAUGGCCAUGAGAAGGAGUCCAACGAAGAUCAAGACAGGCCAUCUUAUCUCAAGUCUCCCUACUGGUGGCUAGGCCUGGUACUUAUGGUCAUUGGGGAGGCCGGGAAUUUCCUCGCGUACGGAUUCGCACCGGCACAUAUCGUCAGUCCUUUGGGCGUCGUGGCCUUGGUUUCGAAUUGCCUAAUUGCACCCAUGAUGCUCCAUGAGCAGUUUCGGAAGCGCGAUUUCUGGGGGGUCCUAAUAGCCGUUGCGGGCGCGGUGACUGUUGUUCUAUCUGCUCAAACAAGUGAGGAGAAGCUUGGGCCUGGGGAGCUAUGGGCGACUAUCCGAAGGUGGGAGUUCUUAUUGUAUGUCAUUAUUACUUUAUUGCUCAUUGGGGUUCUCAUGUACGUGGAACCGCGUUAUGGACGGAGGACCAUUCUCCUGGAUCUUGGUUUGGUGGCAUUGUUCGGAGGAUACACCGCGCUGUCCACGAAAGGCGUUGCAUCUCUGUUAUCAGCAUCGCUUUGGAAGGCCUUCACCUACCCCAUCACAUAUUUCCUGGCCAUCAUUCUCAUCGGAUCUGCGCUGAUGCAGAUCCGCUACUUGAAUCGUGCUUUGCAGAACUACGAUUCGACGCAGGUGAUACCGACUCAAUUCGUGCUUUUCACCCUUUCAGUCAUCAUUGGAUCGGCCGUGUUAUACCGGGACUUCGAACACACAACUGCAGCCCAGGCCGGUAAAUUCAUUCUUGGAUGUCUCUUGACCUUCUUUGGAGUAUAUCUCAUCACCAGCGGCCGUGAUGAUCAUGAUGAAGAAUUCGAUGAACAGGGUGAUGAGGAGGAGGAGACAAUUCGAUUGCUCGAUGAAGAAGCGGAGGGUUCUGGCGAACAGACUCUCUCACAACGUGAUCGAGAACGCUCGGUCAAGUCUGGAAGCGCAGAUAUGCUUCCGCCCACCAGUGAACAGGACGAGGCAGAUGACCUUCUCACACCCAGGCGUCCGUCAGAGGCAUCGUCGAGAGUGCCCUCUAUCGCAGUAACCCCGGCCGAAUCCACAAGCGCGCCCGAUGCGAACCCCUGGAGUUCCGACGACCAGUACAUGGAUGCGCCACUCCCGCCACGAUCUGCACAGCUUGACCAACUCUUGAGCAACUCCGCCUCCACGGCAUUCUUCACGCCGCAAUCCUCAAACCCGGUAGAUCGAAUACGAUCAAUGCCAGCCGGCUUCGACCUCGAAAUAUCAAAUAAUCAAGACACUCCUCGACUCCCCAGUCCCAUCCUCCGUCCCACCACAUCCAGACCGGAAGAACCAUCUCCUGUGCCGAACUUCUUAGCACGCUCCGCGCGAGGCAGUAUCUCGCGGCUCCUGCCUGUCCCUGGUCCCCUCCUAUCGCCGUUAUCAUCGUCGCUCAGCGCCCUGGUUGCUGAUUCCCUGCUUAAAGGUGAAGGAGCGUCCCCUGCAGUACGAGCCGCGAACCGCCGCACGCGAUCGGCGCACCAUGUGGCCCAACAAAGACGGCGGAGUGUCGCUCUUGGGGAUGAGGAGAAUCCGCUGGCGCCGGGCUUUGGAGACCACCAUGCCGAUGGCACUCUCAGACGCACAUUUACCCAGGAGACUAUGCUUUCGCCUUCGGCCGGAUACGAGGACGACGGAGACCAGCAGUUUGGCCAAAACAGAAGCAUGCGCAGGCCUAAGCUGAGAGCAUUGAGCGAGACUAUCUCUGGGAUGAUGGGAUGGCCAAGGGAGAACACGACUGGCAAGAGGAGGGACGAUAUGGGUCAUCUUGGCUGA